GUAGUGCAGAGGAAGAAUAUGAAGAAAUACCCAAACAAACAAAACGAUUAAGGGAAGAAGAGACACAUGCCAGACCUAUAGUUCAUGCUGUUUCAAUGUUUCGAAACAAAGUUUUAACAGCAGCAGAAGUACAGAAAUUUGGACAUUCUUAUUCAAAAUGGUCACAAGAUUCUGAUGAAAUUGAAGGUCGAGGCAACUGA